CGCCCCUUCCCCGGCCGGCGCUCCCGUUACGCCGCGGAGCCGGGAGCCGGAGCCCGAGCCCGCGGCGGCUGCCGGAGGCGGCGAGGGGGCGCCCCGGCGGCGGCGGCGGGCGCGGCGGGGCCUGCGGGGCCUGCGGGGCCUGCGGGCGGGCGGGCCGGGCCCGGCCAGGCCGCGAUGGCGACCAAGAAGGCGGGCUCGCGGCUGGAGACGGAGAUCGAGCGCUGCCGCUCCGAGUGCCAAUGGGAGCGGAUCCCCGAGCUCGUCAAGCAGCUGUCGGCCAAGCUCAUCGCCAACGAUGACAUGGCUGAACUCCUCCUUGGGGAAUCCAAGCUGGAGCAGUUCCUGAAGGAGCACCCUCUGCGGCAGGGGGCCAGCCCGCGGGGCCCCCGGCCGCAGCUCACCGAGGUCCGCAAGCAUCUCACCGCUGCCCUGGACCGAGGGAACCUCAAGUCAGAAUUCCUACAAGAAUCCAAUCUGAUCAUGGCCAAGUUGAAUUAUGUGGAAGGCGAUUAUAAGGAAGCCCUGAACAUCUAUGCACGGGUAGGCCUGGACGACCUGCCGCUGGUGGCUGCGCCUCCCUACCGGCUGCGGGUGAUUGCUGAGGCCUACGCUACCAAAGGACUUUGUUUAGAGAAGCUGCCUAUCUCAUCUUCUACCAGUAAUCUCCACGUGGACCGGGAACAGGACGUCAUCACCUGUUAUGAGAAAGCUGGGGACAUCGCCCUCCUGUACCUCCAGGAGAUAGAAAGGGUAAUACUUUCUAAUAUUCAGAACAGAAGCCCCAAGCCUGGCCCUGCUCCCCACGAUCAAGAACUAGGGUUUUUCCUAGAGACAGGACUUCAGAGAGCCCAUGUCCUCUAUUUCAAAAAUGGGAACCUGACAAGAGGAGUUGGGCGAUUCCGAGAGCUCCUCAGAGCGGUGGAAACGAGGACCACGCAGAACCUGCGCAUGACGAUAGCCAGGCAGCUGGCGGAGAUCCUGCUGCGGGGCAUGUGUGAGCAGAGCUACUGGAACCCUCUGGAGAGCCCUCCCUGCGAGUCGCCUCUGGAUGACCCUCUCCGGAAAGGAGCGAACACAAAUACCUACACCCUCACUCGGAGAGCCCGGGUCUACUCAGGAGAGAACAUUUUUUGUCCUCAAGAAAACACUGAAGAAGCCCUGCUGUUACUGCUGAUCAGUGAGUCCAUGGCCAACCGGGAUGCUGUGCUGAGCAGGAUCCCGGAGCACAAGAGCGACCGCCUCAUCAGCCUGCAGAGCGCGUCCGUGGUCUAUGACUUGCUGACCAUUGCUCUUGGAAGAAGAGGCCAGUAUGAGAUGUUGUCGGAGUGCUUAGAAAGAGCCAUGAAGUUUGCCUUUGAGGAGUUCCACCUCUGGUACCAGUUUGCCCUCUCACUGAUGGCUGCGGGAAAAUCUGCCCGAGCUGUGAAGGUGCUGAAAGAGUGCAUCCGCCUAAAGCCGGACGAUGCCACGAUCCCGCUGCUCGCCGCCAAGCUGUGCAUGGGCUCCCUGCACUGGUUGGAAGAGGCUGAAAAUUUUGCCAAAACCGUUGUGGAUGCGGGAGAGAAGACGUCCGAGUUCAAAGCUAAAGGCUACUUAGCGCUGGGCCUGACUUACAGCCUGCAGGCCACUGACGCUUCUCUGCGAGGGAUGCAGGAGGUCCUCCAGAGAAAGGCGCUGCUUGCAUUUCAAAGGGCCCACAGCCUGUCACCGACAGAUCACCAAGCCGCCUUCUAUCUGGCUCUGCAACUCGCCAUCUCCCGGCAGAUCCCAGAGGCCUUGGGGUACGUGCGCCAAGCUCUUCAACUUCAAGGUGAUGACGCUAACUCACUGCACCUGCUCGCCCUCCUGCUAUCCGCACAGAAGCACUACCACGAUGCCCUGAACAUCAUCGACAUGGCCUUGAGCGAGUAUCCAGAAAAUUUUAUACUACUGUUUUCCAAAGUGAAGUUGGAGUCACUCUGCCGGGGCCCAGAUGAGGCACUGCUCACCUGCAAGCACAUGUUACAGAUAUGGAAAUCUUGCUACAACCUCACCAACCCCAGUGAUUCCGGACGUGGAAGCAGCCUCUUGGAUCGGACCAUUGCAGACAGACGGCAGCUCAACACCAUCACCCUGCCAGACUUCAGUGAUCCUGAGACAGUGUCAGAUUCCUCCUCCUCCUCCUCUUCUCUGUCAAGAACCGAAUCUCCUCUCCACCUGUUUAUGUCUUCUCAUCUCCAUUCUCAUCCCAAACCCGACACCUUUGUGUGGCCCCCCGCCGCCGCGUUCAGUGACUCUGGUCCCCGCCCGGAGCCCUCUCUCUGCAGCUCACCAGAAGCACAUUUUCAUGGUUUUCCCUCCCUCUUUUCAGUUAGCUCUGUGCAUGCCACAUCAGUAGCAGCCUCCAGAGUGGAGCAGGCGCUGUCGGAAGUGGCCUCAUCUCUACAGAGCAGCGCCCCCAAGCAGGGUCCACUACACCCCUGGAUGACGCUGGCACAGAUCUGGCUCCACGCAGCUGAAGUAUAUAUUGGCAUUGGAAAGCCUGCAGAAGCCACGGCCUGCACCCAGGAGGCUGCCAACCUCUUCCCAAUGUCACACAACGUCCUAUACAUGCGGGGCCAGGUCGCGGAGCUCCGAGGCCACCUGGAGGAGGCCCAGCGGUGGUAUGAGGAAGCCUUGUCCAUCAGCCCCACCCAUGUGAAGAGCAUGCAGCGACUGGCCCUGAUCCUGCACCAGCUGGGCCGCUACAGUCUGGCUGAGAAGAUCCUCCGAGACGCCGUGCAGGUCAACUCCACUGCCCACGAGGUGUGGAACGGGCUGGGCGAGGUCCUCCAAGCUCAGGGCAACGAUACGGCUGCCACCGAGUGCUUCCUCACCGCCCUGGAGCUGGAGGCCAGCAGCCCUGCCGUGCCCUUCACCAUCAUCCCCCGGGUGCUCUGAGCCAGGCACCGCCAGCCUACCUACUGCUGCUGCUGGGGCAGCGAGGAGCCUGGAGGCCCCGCUCCCGG